AUGGUUUCGAGACGCCCGACGAGUGGGAAUUCCCUAUGUACGGCGGGAUCGCGUCGAGGGCCCGAAGGCGCCCCUCGAGCGCAGCGCCGCGUGGGGCUCGCCGCGCGCCCGAGAGGGCCCCGCCCGCCCAGCGGGCCGGGGCGGCCUCCCGGCGCCCCCAGUGGUCCGCGGGCGAUGCCGCCGCGGCCCGCGUCCGCCCGGGAGCCGACGAGGCGCGUGUGCGAGCGGCCCGUCGCGGACCUGGAGGCGCUGGAGGCGGCCCUCGCGGAGUGCGCGCUGUCCAGCAGCUCGACGCCGGACCUGCCGCGCGGCGGCCCGCCGUCGGACCUGCCAUGCGGCGGCCCGCCGCCGGGAGUGCCGCCUCUGGAGGGCAGCCUGGACCUCGCGCUCCAGGAGCUGGUCGCGGCAGCUGUGGAUCUCGGCGACAUUCGUGGCCGUUACCUGCGAGGAAUCCCCAUCGGGAUCUCCAUCGAAAUCUCCAUCGACAUCCCGCAGCGAAUCCCCAUGGAGAUCCCCAUGGGACUCGCAAUGACGUCUCCGCAGGCGCGGGUGCACGUCGGCGCGGGCGAGCCCGCGUGGAGAAAAGAGGCCGCCACCACCGCGGGUUGCGCUGCGACGCUCUCCUCCGAGGAUUGCAAGUUCAGCAGGGCCGCCGAGGUCGAUUCCGCCAAGUGGCGGGCGGGCGCAGCCGAGGAGCUGCGCUACUGGACGAAGAAGCAGCGCAUGAAGCGCUCGUCCCAGAAUGGCCACGACGACGCCAAGACCGCGAACGCCGCCGAGCCCAUCCACGAGCCGCUCAAGGCAGAGGCCGCUCGGAAGACGCCGGUGGCCGCCCAGCCGGUCGCGGAUGAUGCCCCCGUCGCCAAGAAGCCGUCGGCAGCGGGCCCGCCUGUGCUGAACGCGGGGGCGCAGCCUGCGUGCGGGCAACCUGCGAGCCACAAGGACUUGGUGCAGCGCCUGGCCGACAUGGGUGAGGGAGUGCUCGUGGCGCUGCUAAACGCCGCUUCUCAGGCGCAGUCUUCCAAGGUGGGCGCGGCGACCGCGAGGAUCGAAGAAUCCGAGCACGACCACGAUUCCGACGGGGGCACCGAGGAAGGGGAGGGCACGGCCAAGCGGAAGAAUACCAUGAAGGCCAUGAAGGCAAUGGAAACGACGAAGGCUACGCAGGGGAAGAAGGGGGCGGUUCCGCAAGACAAGGGCUGGAAAGUAGCAAGCCGCGCCCGAGAAAAUCCUGGCGCGAAGGACAAGAAUUGGGCGGCCUCGUCUGGGGGGCAAUCUGACCGCUGGGCCAACGUCGUGACGCUCCUCGCCGACGAGGGCGCCGACGCCUGA